AUGUGGUACUUGGCUAAUGAGGUGACGCCCUGCACGGGCAGCACAUUGUCAGGUGGAAGAGGAGACCCAGACAGGCCGAGGGAGAGGUUUACGGUCUUUUCUGUCCUACCGGCCAUGGAUAGGAAGCAGGAGCAAGCAGAGAAGGCCAGGCCCUAUGGCCUGCUGAAGCCGACGGCUCUGGGUGCAAUCCCAGGCAGAUUCCAGCUGCACCAGGAAGCUCUGCCCAACCUGCCUGUGCCGCCGCUCCAGCAGACCCUGGAUCGCUACCUGCUGGCCCUGCAGCCCAUCGUCAGCCAGGAGGAGCUGAACCACACACAGCAGCUGGUGGCUGAGUUCCGCAAGCCUGGAGGAGUUGGGGAGAGGCUGCAGAAAGGCCUGGAGAGAAGAGCCAAGAAAACAGAGAACUGGCUCUCAGACUGGUGGCUGAAGACAGCUUACCUGGAGUAUCGCCUGCCAGUCGUGGUCCACUCCAGCCCAGGUGUGGUUCUACCUAAGCAGGAUUUUCUGGAUCGACAAGGUCAGCUCAGGUUUGCUGCCAAGCUGAUCGAGGGCAUCCUGGAUUUCAAGACCAUGAUUGACAAUGAGACCCUUCCAGUGGAGUACAUGAGUGGGAAGCCUCUCUGCAUGAACCAGUACUACCAGAUCCUCUCAUCCUGCCGCAUCCCUGGGCCCAAGAGAGACUCCAUUGUCAACUAUGCCAAAGGCAAAAAGCAGUCCAGACACAUCACAGUGGUGCACAACUUCCAGUUCUUUGAGCUGGAUGUUUACAACAGUGAUGGAAGUCCCCUUACUGCAGCCCAGCUCUUCGUUCAGCUGGAGAAGAUAUGGAACACCUCCCUCCAAACAAACAAAGAACCUAUUGGGAUCCUGACCACCAACCACCGGAACAGCUGGGCAAAAGCCUACAACAACCUCCUGAAAGAUAAGACCAACAAGGAGUCUGUGCGUGCCAUUGAGAAAAGUAUCUGCACGGUGUGCCUCGAUGCCCCCAUGCCCCGAGUGUCCCAGGAUGUCUACAACAGCCGCGUGGCCGCGCAGAUGCUGCACGGCGGGGGCUGGAACAGCGGCAACCGCUGGUUCGACAAGACCCUGCAGUUCAUCAUUGCUGAGGAUGGCUCCUGUGGUUUGGUGUAUGAGCACGCUCCCUCCGAGGGACCACCCAUCGUGGCUCUACUGGAUCACAUCGUGGAGUUCACGAAGAAGCCUGAGGUGGUCAGCUCACCCGUGAAUCCUCUGCCAAUGCCCAAAAAGCUGCGGUUCAACAUCACCCCAGAAAUCAAGAAUGACAUAGAAAAGGCAAAGCAAAACCUCAACAUAAUGGUUGAAGACCUGGAUAUCAAAGUCAUGGUCUUUCAUCACUUUGGGAAAGGCUUCCCCAAAUCAGAGAAGAUAAGCCCUGAUGCUUUUAUCCAGUUGGCCUUGCAGUUAGCAUACUACAGGAUGUAUGGCCAUGCCUGUGCCACGUACGAGAGUGCGUCGCUGCGCAUGUUCCGCUUGGGCCGCACCGACACCAUCCGCUCGGCCUCCAUGGCCUCCCUGAACUUUGUGCAAUCCAUGGACAACCCUGACACAUCGGAGCAGGACAAAGCAGAGCUGCUGAGGAGAGCCACCCAGGCCCACAGGGAAUACACAGAUAUGGCAAUCCGUGGCAAUGCCAUAGACAGGCACCUGCUGGGCCUGAAGCUCCAAGCCAUUGAGGACCUUGUCUCUAUCCCUGAGCUGUUCAUGGACACAGCCUAUGCAGUUGCAAUGCACUUCAAUCUCUCCACUAGCCAGGUCCCAGCAAAGACAGAUUGUGUGAUGUGUUUUGGUCCCGUGGUUCCAGAUGGCUAUGGAGUCUGUUACAACCCCAUGGAAGAACACAUCAACUUUGCCAUUUCAGCCUUCAACAGCUGUGCCGACACAAACGCGGCUCGCAUGGCACAUUAUCUUGAGAAAGCUCUGCUAGACAUGAGGAUCUUGCUCCAGUCGGCUCCCAAAUCCAAGCUGUAA